AAACCGGUGAAGGUUUUCUAUUUCUCUGGGUUAAUGGAUAUUCAUAAACCGUGCGGUAAAACUUUUGCUUUUGUGUUUUUUGCUUUUGUGUUUUGAAACUAUCCGUUCUCCAUUCCGUAAUAUUCUCGCGCUGGCUUCCAACUUUCUGGAAGACCAAGGGCUACUGUCUGUCUUUGUUGCAAUUCGCUAAAGCCAUGGAUCCUCAACCUGAACCUGCUAGCUACAUCUGUGGAGAUUGUGGGAUGGAGAACACUCUUAAACCAGGUGAUGUGAUACAGUGCCGAGAGUGUGGUUACCGAAUCCUGUACAAAAAGCGUACUCGUCGCAUUGUUCAGUACGAAGCACGAUGAAGAAAAACUGUCAUGGCUGGCAUGGUUGAGAAUUUUACUACAGGUUAUUUUUUCCCCCCCAAAACAAAACGCUGUUUUGAAAAUGGAUAAUCAAACAAGGUCUAUUUUCGUUCCCUCUCCAACUUAGAUCUUGUACAUGCAAAAGUUAGCAUCACUUUCAAAGAUGUAGCAUGAUUAAGGGCCAACUUGACUCUUAAAGGCUUGGUCUUUUAAAAGCUCAAGCUUGUAAGCUUGCUGUGUCUUAAAUUAAAUAUGUUUUUUUAA